CGCGCAGCUGCAGCAAACAAGCAGCGGCAGCAGCAGCGGAGUUGCUGUGAGCCACUUCUCUCUAACCAGAAACCCUGAGACUUCUUUUUAUAGCUGCUCUCACCCACCAAAAUGCCUUGGACUUCCCACUGUUUUUUUUUUAAAGGAAUAUACGCUGAAUGUUACAUCUGGUAGCUGCGGAAAAGAUGACUAAUUGUGAAAUGAGCCGCGAAGAAAAAAGUGUGCCUUGUUUGGAGCUGAAGGGGUCGUGAGCCGCAACAUAGGAGUGGAAGCGCAUCGAGGCCAGCAUCUGCCUGUAGCAUCAGCUAGCUGCUUAGCUCACUAAAGGUUACAGGUGUUUUUAGGUAGCGCACAUUCUGACCUAACGCGUAGCAGGUAACAAACCACCGGCUGUUUUUCUGGUUCUAACUUUAAUCUAAAUGUGCCUGCCAUACGCUGCUGUGAGCAAACUAACUGGUAAAACUCUGCAACAUUGUUGUUAGCCGUUAGCUUAGCCGCGCCCUGUGUUUACAGCUAUUAUUAGCCCCUAAGCUAGCGAGUGAACUUCACAGCUACAUGUGCUUUUUCUGUGCCGAGUUUUUCCUUGUCAACCCGGACUCGACGUGGGACGCGCAGUGUGGCGGUUAAGCUUUGUUCUGCAUAGAUUUUAUUUUUUUAAACCAACCAGUGUGGCUUUUUCUCCACCCCGUGCCUGCUCCGGACUGACCCACCCAUAAGGACUAUCUAUACGGGGCCGAUGCUGACAGCUCAGCCCGGACCACGGCAACGCCAGGAGCCGCUACAGCGAUGCAGCCCCAGCAAAUGUACGACUUUUCCAGUGAAGAGAACAGUCACAAGUGGAGAGGCCUCUUCGUUCAAGCUCUGAAAAAGGUACAGGAGCAGGUCCACCCAAACCUGAAAGCAAAGGAGGAUGCCCUGCAGCACAUUGAAGAGCUGAUCCUGCAGCUGCUCAACAUGCUGUGUGUGGCCCAGCCUCGCACUGUGCAGGAUGUAGAGGAACGCGUGCAGAAAACCUUUCCCCACCCGAUAGAUAAGUGGGCGAUUAACGAUGCCCAGGGAGCUAUUGAGAAACGUAAGAGAAGAAGCCCCUUACUUCUCCCAGUCGACAAAAUACACCCAUUGCUUAAGGAGGUUUUGGGCUACAAGGUGGACUACCAUGUGUCCCUGUACAUCGUGGCAGUACUUGAAUACAUAUCAGCUGAUAUACUCAAGCUGGCGGGCAACUAUGUGGGCAACAUUCGGCACUAUGAAAUCACCCAGCAGGACAUCAAAGUCUCCAUGUGUGCAGACAAAGUGUUAAUGGACAUGUUUGACCAGGAGGAGGACAUCGGCUUGAUGUCGCAGUUCACGGAGGAGCCUUUGUCUCUCUCUGAGCUUUCGUAUGACGAACUGGUGAAGCUUGAAAUCGCAGAGGAGCGUCAGUAUCUACGAGAGCUUGACCUUAUUAUCAAAGUGUUCCGGAACCAUUUCCUGUCCCACCCCAAAGUCUUCACAGACGAGGAUGUUGAGGUGAUCUUCAGCAACAUCUUGGACAUCCAUGAGCUGACCGUGAAGCUCCUGGGACUUAUUGAGGACGCAGUGGAGAUGACUGCUGAUGGCAGUCCUCAUCCCCUGGUGGGCAGCUGCUUUGAAGACCUGGCCGAGGAGCAGGCAUUCGACCCAUACGAGACCCUGUCGCAGGACAUCCUCGGCAAGAAAUUUAACGAGCACUUCCAUGAAAUGAUGCAGAGACAAACCGUUCGCCAACACUUCGGGUCUAAUCAGGGGGGCUUUAAGGAGUGCGUUCAGUAUGUCCUUCCCCAGCUGAUGAAGGUUCCAGUGUACCACUGUCUGCACUACUUUGAGCUACUACAGCAACUUCAGGAGCGCAGCGAAGAUCAAGAUGACAGAGAAUGUCUGAAACAGGCGAUAACAGCGUUGCUAAACCUGCAGUCCAGCGUGGAGCGGAUAUAUGUGAAGCACCAGCCUCGCCGUAAACCUGUUGAGGCGAUUUAUCGCCGGUACAGCCGGCAGGUCCGCGGGAAGCAGCUCGCCAUCAAGCGAAUGAUCGAGAUCCAGAAAAGCAUCGAUGGCUGGGAGGGAAAAGACAUCGGUCAGUGCUGCAACGAGUUCAUUACUGAAGGGACGCUUGUACGAGCAGGUGCAAAGCACGAGAGACACAACUUCCUGUUCGACGGCCUCAUGAUUAGCUGCAAGGCCAAUCAGAGCUCACGGCUCCCUGGUUCCGGUAGCGGGGCCGAAUACCGCCUCAAAGAAAAGUUUGUGCUGAGGAAGAUCCGCAUUGUUGACCGUGAGGACUCCCCAGAGCUGCAGCACGCCUUCGAAUUAAUCUUCAAAGAUGAAAACUCUGCGGUUUUCUGCGCAAGGACAGCAGAGGAGAAAGCGAACUGGAUGGCAGCGCUGAUGGCUCUUCAGUACCGCUCCACUUUGGAUCGCAUGUUGGACUCUAUACUGCAGACCGAGGAGCAGCAGCGUCCUCUCAGACUCCCUUCCCCUGAGGUUUACCAGUUUGCUGUGCAGGAUUCUGAGGAGAAUAUAGUGUUUGAGGACAGAGUGCAGAGUAAGACCGGUAUCCCCAUCAUUAAGGCUGGCACGGUGGUCAAACUCAUAGAAAGGCUCACCUACCAUAUGUAUGCUGAUCCCAACUUUGUGCGCACGUUUCUCACCACCUAUCGCUCCUUCUGCAAACCACAGGAGCUCCUCUCCCUUCUGAUAGACAGGAUUAAUAUCCCUGAGUCAGGAAAUGGCGACGAUGAGGUGGCUAUCUGGAACGGCGACCCGCCAACAACCGCCGAACUUCAGAGGUUCAGACGGGAAUAUGUGCAACCGGUCCAACUCAGGGUUCUCAACGUUUUUCGCCAGUGGGUGGAACAUCAUUUCUACGACUUUGAAAACAAUCCGGACCUGAGAGUUCAGCUGGAGGAAUACAUCACCCAAAAGCUUCAACUCCGAGGGAAGUCCAUGAGAAAGUGGGUGGAGUCUAUCACUAAGGUCAUCAGGAGGAAGCUCCAAAUCCAGUCAAACGGCAUCAGUCACAACAUCACCUUCGAGAGCUCGCCUCCUCCCUUUGAGUGGCAUAUCUGCAAAGCCGGCCAGAGUGAGAAUUUUGAACUCAUGACCCUUCACCCCAUUGAGAUCGCCCGCCAACUCACUCUGAUAGAGUCUGAGCUCUACAGAGCCGUCCGACCGUCAGAACUGGUGGGAAGCGUCUGGACCAAAGAGGACAAGGAGAAGAACUCUCCAAACUUGCUUCGUAUGAUCCGCCACACCACCAACCUAACACUGUGGUUUGAAAAGUGUAUCGUAGAAGUGAUGAACCAUGAGGAAAGGGUUGCCGUGUUAUCCAGGGUCAUUGAGAUUCUGCAGGUUUUCCAGGAGCUUAACAACUUUAACGGGGUGCUGGAGGUGGUCAGUGCCAUCAACUCCGUCCCGGUCUACAGGUUAGACCACACCUUUGAGGCAAUUCCAGAAAGGAAAAAGAAAAUCCUGGAGGAAGCGAUGGAACUAAGUCAGGAUCAUUUUAAGAAAUACUUGGCUAGACUCAAGUCCAUAAACCCUCCCUGUGUGCCUUUCUUUGGCAUCUAUUUAACGAACAUACUGAAGACUGAGGAAGGCAACCCUGACUUCCUCAGACGUCACGGUAAGGACCUGAUUAACUUCAGCAAGCGACGGAAAGUGGCCGAAAUAACCGGAGAGAUCCAGCAGUACCAGAACCAGCCCUACUGUCUGAAGGUGGAGCCAGAUAUCAGGAGGUACUUUGAGAACCUGAAUCCAAUGGAAAACAUGAGUGAGAAGGAGUUUUCAGAUUACCUGUUCAAGAAGUCUCUGGAAAUUGAGCCGCGGAACGCCAGGCAGCCCGCCCGAUUUCCUAGGAAGACCACCUACUCUCUGAAAUCCCCGGGGCUCCGGCCCGUGCGAACGUCUACCUCCGGCACCCUGAAGGGCCACCCCGUCGCCCUGGAGAGGGAUCUACAGCAUAAGAUCACCUUCCGCAGCAUCGCUGAGAAUGAGCAGGACCCGCCGUCGUCCGCCUCGGUGCCCACCUCUCCCAACACCCCCACCCCUCCACAGUCGGCCUCCUCCGACCUCAGCUCGGUCUUCAUGGAGCACGACCUCAGCAACUCCUACAGCGGCUCCAUGUUUUCCUGCUCUCUGCCAUCUCAUAAGUUCCAGUCCGUCUCCUGCGGCAGCCUCCACCAGCUAGUAGACGAGCUAAAGCCGCCUCCUUUGCCUCCUCGAAGGAAAGACACGGUGUCUGAAGCAAAACUGAGCUCCAUGUGUGACAGCCCUCCAGCCAUCCCUCCCAGGCUUCCUCCUCUGCCCAGAAACCAGCAUCGACCGCUGCUUUACAACGGCCCCCCGUUUGACGGACCCCUUCCCAGCCCACCCCCUCCCCCGCCACGGGACCCUCUCCCCGACACGCCUCCGCCGGUGCCGCAGCGACCUCCGGAAAUCUUCAUCAACUAUCCGCUCAACAUGCAGCCGUCGCCUGGCGGCCGAUACCACUGGGACCUCAACAGCUCCCCCAGCUCGCCCAACACCCCCCCCAGCACGCCGUCCCCUCGCAUCCCCAGAAGGGGCUGCCCGCUCAGCGCCAGCCAGAACAGCCUGUGUCCUGUCCCCACCGCGGCGCCGCCUGUUCCCCCGCGUCACAACCCCAUCCCGCAGCUUCCCAAACUCCCACCAAAGACGUAUAAAAGGGAGGGGCUUCAGCCGCCACUGCAGGGCCUCUCAUUGGUGGAGAACGCCGACAGCAGCCAGUGAG